AUGGGUGAGUCUUGGAGACUCUAUUCCCUUUUGAUUGCUCUCCUGUCCACCUCCUCGGCUGGUGCUGGACCCCUUUGCAGCCGGAUCGUUGGAGGCCGCGAAGUGAAGCCUCACUCCAGACCUUACAUGGCAGCUUUGAAAAUUUGGGGACGUUUUGGAUGUGGGGGGGGGUUUCUCAUUGCCCCCCAGUGGGUGUUGUCAGCAGGCCAUUGCAACGGGUGGGGGAGAUCUCAGAGUCCCACUCCACGGGCUGAAAUGUGGCACAUCAUAAUUGGGGGUGAUUUUGGUUCUGAAUCUGUGGUGGCUUUCUUACGCCAUUACCAACAUCCCGGUUAUUUCGUAGCAGGGGGUAUUCCUUUCAAUGACAUCCUUCUGCUGAAGCUGGACCGUGAAGCUCAACUGAAUGAAUACGUCCAAAUGAUCCCUAUACCAAAGUCCAUGGAUGACAUUCCUAAAAACACCUGAUGCUCUGUGGCGGGAUGGGGCCGGAGAGAUGCCACGUAUUUUCCCACACCGAAGCUCUUUGAGACCAACGUGACGGCCCUCGGCCGUAGAAAAUGUCUCCGGUUUGAUCCAGAACUUACUGACGGGAUGAUGUGUGCUGGCAGUCGGGCCACCCUCUGCGAUGUCAGCAAUGGAGAUUCCGGAGGUCCUAUGGUGUGCAGAGGAGUGGUGGAAGGCAUCGUUUCCUAUGGCCGUAAAGUCCCUCCUGGCGUUUAUUCCCGCAUAGCCGACUUUCUUCCUUGGAUCAAGCACAUCAUGAAAUCGAAUGCGUGAGACCAAGAAACUGGAGCAAUUCUCUUUAAAAAAAAAAAAAAGCUUUAAGUGCUGCCUGACGGGCAGGCCUCACGAUUUCUCCUCCUUCCCUUUUUCAA